GAAAUACUGUUGGUCGAGGACGUGUGGCAACCGUGGGCAUGACCGAGCUGUAACGCAUACGGGUCAAGACAUGGACAGACAGAAUCGAUGUGGGAAUGUGCUAUAUCCAUUUUAUAUUUUCACAUGUAUUAAGGCAUCCUCUUUACUAUUUUUCAAACAAUCUCUUCAUAGCCACUUCCCAUCAGAAACCUCAUCAAGACCCUCAGAGAGUGUCCCGAGGUCGAGAUUGCGACCCAUAUCGAGGCAACUCCGGAAUGGAUUUGGCCAAGAGGCGAUCUCUUCCACUGGGUGGGCGUGCUCAACCGCUUUGACGAGAUCCUUGACAACAUCUGCAAGAGUCAUGACAUGAAGAAGCCGCAGCCGAAGGAGUUUACAUCCGAAGAACGACGCCUGGUAUUGGCUAUCCUCUUCUUUUCACGUCUUUUGCUGGAGAGCUGUACAAAUCGAAACCUAUACGCUUCCUACGAGCAACUAAACGAUCUACUCCAUGCACGCGAUUUGGAUGUCCUCGAAUCGUGUCUUCGUCUUUUGCUUCGACCCGCACAGCGUCACAGCGCUCAGCGUUCGGCCAAAUCAAUAUUCACAGUGUCGCAGGAUCGACUUCUCGCACUCGCACAUUCCUGGGGAAGCAAGGAGUACGGCCUGGAUCUCCAGCAGCUCGCAGAUCACAAGACAGAGAUUCCCGAGCGACUGAAGACCCUCAAUUUCCAGUUUUACAGAACAGUAUCACUCGUAAAGCCUACAGCAGCAGACGCAGCUACAGCCGCAGCCGCAGCCGCUUCCACUUCGUCUGGAAGUUCAUCCGCUCAAUCAGAACCUAGCAGCACAACGCCAACGGCGCCAUCAUCUCAUGCCACGGCAUCCUCCGGAAAACAACGACGAUCAUCCAGUUCAGGAGCGCCCUCGUCGAUCAACGUCAGUGCCGUUUCACCUACAAGUGAAGGAAUGGUUGUCAUUCAGGUUUCAGAUCCCACUCAGUUAGGGUCUUCUGAUUACGAGAUUCUGCAGCACUUGAUCCAGGAGUACAUGGUCCCAGAGGAAUAUCAAUUCCAGCUCCUUAGCCGCAUUAGGAUAGCUACUGGCAUCAGCGAUCCAAGACGUCGGCAGCAACUUUUGGCAAUCCGUAUUUUGGCAAUAGCGGUCAUGUCGCAUGUUCUCUCUGAGGCAGUCGUAGUUGAAAAAUUCUUCGCAUUUGAGCCGGAGAUUAUCCAGAGCUUGAGCGAUCUGAUCCAUCCUGAUCACAAUGUGUCCUUUGAUCUGCAAACGGUGGCCCUAUUUGCUCUGGAUGGGUUGGCGCACCUUAAGAACAAACAUCCUGACGUGCUGACUGCCAUCAAUGCGUCAGCAAGCCAUGGUGUUCUGCUCUAUGCGCUGCGCAAAAUUGUCGCAGGCCUUGGUUCUGAGGAUGCACCAUAUCCUCAGGACUUCUUGGAUGCGAUGUUUGCGCUCAUUUCAUUCAUCAUUAGUUCGGCUACAGGCGGCAACAUGGUUAUAUCUGCCGGCAUUGUUCCUGUUUUUCUGCAGCUGCUUUCAAACAAGCGCCCUGCACAUUUGAGAAAUGUUACAAAGAGUAUUUCAAUCCUGGACAGUCUUAUCUACGGCUUUAGCACUGCGUUCACUUCGUUUUGCGCGUCUAAUGGUCUUAACAAUUUGGUAGCAAGGAUCAAGGAUGAAGUAGAUUACUCUCUGAACUUGGUUAAAGAAGCAGAGGCGUCACAAAUGACUGGAGUCGCCUCUACUUCUGCUUCUAGCGACAGGAACAUCAGCAAAGAGGAAGAGCCUUUACCCAUUCCGUUCGGAAGGACCGCGCUGCUGAAAGCGAUGUUCAAGUUUGUGAUCCAUAUGAUGCAAAGUCCUGGUACUCAGGAAGGAUUGCGCAAUUUGAUCGACACUUCGUUGCCAUCGACACUCAGAGUCAUUAUGGAGAACCCUAUUGCGCUUGGAACUUCCAUAUACGCUCAUGCCAUUAAUACCAUGACAUCGUUCAUUCACAAUGAGCCGACUUCGCUGGCUAUCUUGCAGGAGGCGAAGAUACCCCAAACUCUUCUCGCGAGCCUAUCUAGAGAUAUCCCAGCGUCCAACGACGUUGCGAUGAACCUACCUGGAGCGUUUGGGGCUAUCUGUUUGAACCCAACCGGCUUGGAGAUGUUCACGAAAGAGUUUCCCAUGAAAAAAUUCUUUGGAAUUUUUACAUCCAUUCCACACGUGCAGGCUUUCCAGGACAACGACAUUGCAUCGAAUCUGGGUGUUUCGAUGGAUGAGCUUGUGCGACAUCAACCCAGCUUAAAGGCGAAUGUGAUGGUGGAGCUGGUUGCUAUGCUGAACGAGGCUCUGCAGAUGUGCGAAUCGGACGAGGUUAUUGGAGAUGAUAUCGUCUUUAGCACACUUCAAAAGACGCGAGCCAAGGAUGCUCCCCAAUUGGGUGUAACUGUCGAAGACGAGGCAAACAAGGAUGACAGAAAGGACUCACUCGUGGCUCAGCUCAUUGAGGCCUCUGCUAGAUUCUGCGAGAGUUUCUUCCAGAAUUCUUCCAGCGCCAAGGAUUUCUUGAAAGCAGAUGGAAUCAACAUCUUGAUGAAGUUUUACACCCUUCCAACUCAACCGUACGAUCUGGCUAAUACACCCGCGUUCUUCACCCUUUCUCAUUUGGUUCGGUUAUUGAGCGAAACAGACCCUGGCACGGCCAUAUCAGCAGUGCUGAAGGAAGUGAACAGGUUGCUCGAAGGGGUGCAAUUCUUACUAGAGUCCACCAACCCUGGUUCCGAUUUGCUUCAGUACAUUGACAUUUCGAAUUCAAAUCUGGAGGACGUCGUGCGAGGAAACGAAAUUCUCAGGAGCUUAAUUAGUCUGCAUGCACUGAGCGGACUGAUCUCGGACAUGUUUUGUACACCCGCGUUCUCUCACAGUCGAAACUCGGCAUCUGUUCUAACUGCAUUUGUGAAUGCGCAGGGUGCUCCGGCCCUUGCUGGUCUUGGCCAACUCCACAGAUUCUGUGUUUGGGAGACCACUGUGUUGAAGCGUGCAUUGCAAAAGAACUGGAAUGAUCCGAGCCCAAAGUCGAAGAAGCACUACAGUCCACCACAGGUCCCGGGAACAUUGGACGAGUUUGUUGAGGAAGCUGAAGGCGAAGACAAGGAGAUGGCACCAGCGACACCCACCAUUGACGCUUACACCCCCAGCGCCAUCAAUACAAAGUAUUUCAAAUUUGUGCUCACACAGAUCCCGCAUUAUCUCUCGCCUAUGUAUCAAGGCAUUACCAAGAUGCUGUUUAACCGAAGAGACAUCGAGGCUACUCAGCGUGCGCACUCUUUCCAAGUUGCAGAUUCUCUAUCCAAAGUCCUGCAGGCGCAUAUUUCUUGGAAACGACUCGAUACCAAUGUUUCUACGAGUGACAAGCAUGCUUACUUGAGUACAAUGAUCAAGUUACUUCCAUACGUGUUCUUGGACGAUCGCAAUCCGGCAACUCUUCAAACCAUUACAGUGGUCUCAUUUGUCAGGACAGGAGGCAUGGAAUCGUUAUUCAUGUGGCUGGACUCGUUUUGGAUAGAAGCGUCCUCCAUCCAAAAUUCGUCAGCUACUAUCACUGAGGAGCAAAGAGUGCUACUGGACCAGCUGUAUGGAUCUAUCGAGGUCAUCCUUAGCGUGCUCCAGAUACUCACGUCGUCCAAACUGUUGCUCGAAUCGUCGCAUACAUCGCCAUUGACUUCCAAGGACGACAAGACCAGGAAGGAGGACUUUUUCGAGCCACAUGAGUUUCUGGUGGAUGUUCGAUUGGUGGUGCUACCUCACAUAAGGAGCCUUUGGUUGGACAAGCAGUUGGACAGGGCGCCCGCUGCUGCUUCACGCUAUGUCAUUCAGAUCAUUACCAACAUCUUGAAGGCAGCUGGAGAGCUCAAGCCCCCUGUUUCGACCGCCUCGCCAGUUAUUGUUGGAACAGCGACUCCCAAUAUCUUUGGCGCUCGACCUCUUGCGCCGGAUGCAACAAGCGUCGCGACCCUUCUCGAUAUGGGUUUCCCACGUUCAGCUGCAGAACUUGCCCUGACGCGCUGCGGCAAUCAGCUGGAUCGAGCAACUGAAUACUUGCUGACCCACCAAGAAGUUGUAGCUGCCGCUAUAUAUGAACAGGAACGCGAAGAGGCUGCAGCGCGUGCUGUGGCGGUUGCUGCCGCUAAUGCCCCAAGCACCAGUGAAACACCUGCGGAACCUUCAACAGGACCCGUCACUGACGCCGGCAACAACCAAAAUGGUGAUGCUUCCAGAUCCAUCCUUACUGAGCACACAGAACCCGCACCAGAAGCAGAAGGUACGGCCGAUGACGACGAAGAUAACGACGAGGAUGAUGAAGGUGACGAAGAAGAUGAGGACGAAGAAGAGAUGCUUCGACAGGCGCUAGCACUGUCUCAAGCGCUGGACGCCUCCUUAUCUGAAGACCCGUCUGGGGAUGGCCCCCACACUCAGGAAUCCAUUGCCGGAGAGUUAUCCUCGACUUCUGGAGAGCUGGCCAUCAGUCUCAACCAAGACGACCCUGUCGAUAUUGAAGGGGAGGAUGCGAAGGGGGAUGUUGAGAUGAGCACCAAUGACGAGGAAGCCAAGAACGAACAGGAAUACAAGACUGCACUCGCUUUACAUGAAGCACAUAAGGAGGAGUUGUCGAAGGGCCGUGAGGAGUUGAGACCCCUCCUCAUUCCUAGGUCUCUUGAGUUGAUUGAGGCAAUCGAGGAUGUCAUUUUCAACGUCCGAGAUCUCCUUGUACUCCUAUGCAAGGAUAAAAACAGUAAUGCAUUGGAUGAGCUAGUCAAGGAUCUCGAAAAAGCUAGCAACAUCCAAGUGGACCAGGUUGGCUUAGCUGGAAAGGCAUUUGGCGCGCGCUUGCGGCUUUUGGCACUACUCUUCGGGGAUGUCACGAUCCAGGCCAAGAUGGGCGAGUAUAGUACAACGCUGGCACCUCUUCUGAUGACAAUUCUGACAAAACAUGUCGAGUCUCAGGCGCCUCAAAAGGACAACAACUGGCUUUCUCCCCUGCUGCUCAUGGUGGAAAACUUUUUGUCUCUCGCAGACGAGCCUAGGGUAGUUCCGGACUUGACGACAACAGAAGGAAAGGAGAAGGCAGCCCAAGAAGAUAAGGAGAUGAAGGAUGACAUUAUCACACCUGCUGAGAAGGAGAGACUACUUCACCAAUCCAUCGUACUUCUCAAUCAGCAGGACCUCGUAAAGGACAUUGCUCUCUCCGUUUUCCGCAUUCUCGUGCGACUGACUCGACACCACUCGCUAGCGAUGGAGUUCUUGAACAAGGGCGGGUUGGAGCUGGUUUUCUCGACAUUGAAACCCGAACGGAUUGGCGUGCAGGGACAGCAGAGUCUUGUCAUCAUGAUUAUGCGCCAUAUCGUCGAGGAUGCCGUUGUCCUGCAAGCAACCAUGGAAAGGGAGAUUGUGCGCUGGUUUGCACAGCCCUCCCGUGCACGAACAAGCGACAUCCAGAGCUACCUUCGACACAACAGCUUUUUGGGACUGCGCGAAUUAGAUGCAUUCAUUGCUGGAACGCUCAACGUCUGCAAGGUCUCAAAGUACGACAGUGCCUUCAGGACCCUACAACUGACUUUGGCCAAGCCUGCCGCUCUAUCAAAGUUGGAAAACGACAAGGACCAGGACGACACUUCGGGGGAUGAUGGUGCAGAUGACAAAGGCAAGGCCAAGGAUGGUGAUCAAGAUGCAGGAGAGGGCUCAUCAUUAUCAGAGCAGCGCGCCAGCACAGUUCAGUCGACGCGCGACAUUUCUGAGGCUGCAAAGAAGUACUCUUCCCAGAUAUCGGAAACCGUCAUUCACUUCCUGGUAUUCGAGUUGCUCAGCACCAGAUUAGUGCCCGUGUCUGGUGUACAUUCGAGUACAUCCGCUUCGCCAGGCCAUAUGCCAAUGGUCUCUGCUUCCGCACCAUCGAUGGUGGCGCAAACGACUACCACGGACAACGAUGCAAGAACACCAGACGAAGCUUCAAAUGACGCCAACUUUGUUCACCGCUGCUUCGUGCUUCAAUGCCUAAACGAACUCCUAAUUUCCUACCCGUCUUGCAAGGUUGACAUGAUGAACUUUUCAAGGCGCAAGUCAGGCAAGGAAUCUAUCAACGUUGCCAGCAAACCCAGAGCGAACUGGCUUGGCUACCUUCUGAACGACUUAAUCCCAUACAGGGGUACUGUAGCGCAGUCGAGUGAGACAGAGCUUCAAAAGCAUUCGAUCGAGUCAAACUUCGCAUCUGCCGUACUCGUUGCCAUGUUCGCCAACAGUGACGAGGAGGAGGAAAAGCAACCGUUUAGCCACGUGGUUCAGGCUCGUCGUUUCGUUAUCGAUGGUAUGAUUCGGUCGUUUAAGGACGCAAUUGCCUCGACCGAUCCAGUCGAGAUCAAGUAUGGCAAGUUCCUUUCGCUAUCGGAGCUCAGCUACAAAAUUUUGGGCGCAUCUUCGUCCUCUGUAAUCGGUGUGAAGGCCAACGACGACCAUUCAAUCAACAUCGUGAAGGUUAUGCUGGAAAAGAACUUUAUCGUCAUUUUGACCAACGUCUUGGCGGAUAUUGACCUCAACUAUCCUCACGCCAAGAUUCUUGUCAAUGCUGUCCUGAAGCCGUUGGAGCACUUGACAAAGCUGUCACUCAAGAUGAGCAGGGCAGCUGAACCAGGAGCUUCCAGGGCUGCCCGUCAAUCCACUCCACUGUCCGGAGCUGGAAGCGGAAACGCGUCAGGAGAUGAGGCCGAUACCCCCGACUUGUAUAGAAAUUCUUCCCUCGGUAUGUUUGAUGGAGUCAGCAUGGAAACUGACGGGGACGACGAAUCGGACGACUCUACCGGAGAGGACGAUAUCUAUGAAGGUGACGAGUAUGAGGAAGAGACUGCAAGCGAUGCCAGCGACCUCAGCGAGGAGGACUUUAGUGACGAUGACGAUGUCGAUGAAGCCCUGGAGGAGGCUGUUGAUCGCAACCCCUUCCAUCACCAUAGCCACGAGAUCUCAGACGACGAGGUGGAUCAAGAUGACGAGGACAUGGACGGUGAAGAGGACGACGACCUUGAUGAAGAUAUGGAGGCCGAGCUGCACGAGGCACUCGCACAGGACGAGGCUGAAGAUGAGGAAAUGAUGGAGUGGGAUACAGAUUCGCGACCUGUCAUUCUUCAAGAAGGCGGGAUUGGAAAUGUCAUUAUCGAUACGGAGGACGAGCCUCAGGUUGCAGAUCCCGAGUACUAUGAGGAACAGGAUCGCGCCCAUCGCCACCAUACUCAUACACAUAAUCCGCACCUUCAUCCAGCAGACGAAGGAGGCAUAGAGGACGAGGACGAAGAAGAUGAGGAGGAUGAAGAUGUGGAUGAGGAUGACGAAGAUGAUGAGGACGACCUCGACGAAGAAGGUGAUGAUAUCGUGCUUCUCGACGACGCUGAAGGAUUCGAUCCUGUUCGAGGACUCGGACAUGGCGGCGCUUGGGAUAUGACCAGCGCCUUUGUCAUCAACGACCAGGACGGAUUGCUAAAUGGAGCCCAAAUCAUCGAUCUUCGCGGUCGCCGGCCUCGGACAGCGGCUCGGCGCUUGGAUGACCGCGGAUUCUUUUGGAAUGACGGCGACGCUGAUCAAGGACGGCUCUCCUACAUCGAGGACGACGACUUCCCGUCACUCGGAGCACCGGCUCGAAACCCCUUCCUGCAGGUGUCGGACGAUGUGAUUACCCACCCUCUGCUUGCUCAACCUCGUUCGACGACUGCGAAUACUGCCUCGAAUGGCCAUCGUCGUGGAGGUUCGCGUGGCGCAGGACUUACGGAUUGGCAAGCAUUUGGAGAAUUCUUAAAUGGGAAUCCCUCGCAGAUCCUGGGCACCUUGAUGAACGGUGGAGCCAUUCGAGCGAGCCACGGAGCGUUCCGCGUGGAGGUCAAUCAUGGUAAUACCGCUAUUGUUACUCCAAUUGAUCGCAGCAUUCCAGCAGUAGAUCCUGCGACCGGCGCGAUCUCAGCUGGAUCCACGGCGGAUGCUGCCAGCGCGAACAAGACUACCAUGUUUAGCACAGUCCGCGACUUCGUUCCUUACUCCACAUCACAGAGAUGGUCACAGGAGUGCCGGAUGAUGUAUGGCGCAACAGCACAGGAUAAGGCGUCGCGACUGGCGAACCAUGUUAUCAAUGCAUUAAUUCCAGCUGCCGAGGAGGAGCAUCGUCUCAAAACCAGAGAGUUGGAACGGAGGCGAAAGGCCGAGGCAGCACGGAAACAGAUCGCGGAAGAGAAGCGAAAGGCCGAGGAGGAAGAGGAGCGUAUCAAAGCCGAGGAAGCUGAAAAGGCACGUCUUGCAGAGGAGGCUCGUCGGGCUGAGGAAGCCGCCACUCGCGCUACACAAGGAGAGAUAGAAGGCGCGCCCAUGGCGUCUGAAGAGUCUGCAAUGGAUGUGGAAGGCGCUGCAUCGGCAACCGCAGAGCCUGAAGCAGAGGCAGAAUCCGCCCCACCAACACGCAGGAUGGUGAUGAUUGAAGGAGAAAUGGUGGACAUUACGGACAGCGACAUCGAUCCGGAGUUCUUGGAGGCUCUUCCAGAGGAGAUGCGCCGUGAAGUGUACAACGAUUAUCUGCAGUCGCAGCGACCAGCACCUCCAGCAACACAGCAGUCAACAUCAACUUCAGGAACGCAAGCUAUCAACACGGACUUUUUGGAUGUUCUUCCAGGAAACAUGCGUGCCGAGCUGGAGGACAUAAUGCGCGGGCAGGGUGCAAGCGGUGCUGCUAGGUCCGAGCCACUGGUUUCUGCAUUUAACGAGUACACACUUUCGCGUUUGGUGCCUCAGCUGAGACAGAUGUACCGGGAUGGGGGAUCUCGAUCGCCAGUGCCGCCUGCCUUGUUGGCCGAGACGAGCGCGCUGUUGGACCAAAUCCCGCGGCACUUCCCAGGAUUGCGAGAGGCCCGCGACAUUCUUGCAGGCGCAGCCUCAGGGCCUUCUGGUACAAGCUCAAGUAAGAAAGCCAUUGCUCCACGAGAUGCCAUCCAGCUUGUGGACAAGUCAUCUUUGGCGACGCUUGUUCGCCUCAUGUUCCUGCCUCAGCCCCCCUCUAGGAACAUCCUGAAUAAGCUCUUGGUUAACCUGUGCGAGAAUAGUAAGACACGAUCAGAGCUCCUCUCACUCCUACUUUCCAUCUUGCAGGAUGGCGGUGCCGAUCUGGCGGCCGUAGACAAGGGGUUUGCGCAGAUGUCGCUUCGCGGAAAAACAGUUGUGAAGGCGCACCCACACCAUAAGGGCAAGGAGGCCACCGCAGCUGCCCUUCCAACUCCGGUGCCCGCCGCGAUGGACAAUGUACCGAAUCUGGUGGCCCGUCGGUGCCUAGAAGCUCUGUAUUACAUUGUCUCAUUCAACUCGCAGGCUGUGCUAUUCUUCCUCAUGGAGCACGAGAAUGUCACGCUGAGAAGGUCUUCAUCGAAGAAGGGCAAAGGCAAGGAGAGACUUGUCAGCGAGAAAUACCCGAUUGUGCUUCUACUCGAUCUCUUGGAGCGGCCAAUUUUUGUGGAGAGCUCGGCGUUGAUGGAACAGCUCAUGACUCUACUAUCUGUGAUUUGCAGACCUCUGGCAACGCUUGCAAAGGACGAAGAGGACAGAAAGAAACGGGAGAAGGAGGCGGAGAGCAAGCGAAAGGAAGAGGAAGCUACGACUUCGACGGCAACAGUGUCGACUGCUGGACAGAAUACCGUGGCUCCGUCAGCGGAAUCGAGUGCAGCUGUACAUACGGAUGACCCAAGGACAGCUGAGAACGCGGGCGAGAACUUUAGUUCGACAACGACAACACUAACGGGCGCAUCGGGUGUAUUGGCGAUAGAGAGCAAUACAGAGAUUAAGGAGGCCGACACGGAGCCUUCAGCGCUGAAGCCCCCAGUAAUCCCGGACCAUUGUAUGCAGCUGAUAGUUCGUGUCCUGACUGCCGGAGAGUGCUCAAGCAAGACAUUUCAGUUUACAUUGUCUGUCAUCCAGAAUCUUUCCGUGUUGGAAGGUGCUAGAGAUGUGAUUACCGCCGAGCUGGUUCGGGUUGCUCGUGAACUGGGAGGUAGCAUUUUUGGGGAUCUCGAGACGCUCUCUCGGACACUGGCGAAUGCAAUGAGCGGAGUCGAUGUUCAAGGUGUCGCCCUUGAGAAAUUUUCGCCCGCAUCGUCCAAGCAGGCUAAACUGCUUCGUGUGCUCAAGACCAUCGAUUACAUGUAUUCCAGAAAGCAGAGCCUGACCCAAGCACCAGCGACAACGCAGGUCAACAUUGAACUGGCACCAACACUGGAUCCCGAGGAGGCGGACGCGGUUAUGCCGAGAUCGAUGCGUGACGUGGGCUCAGGGGCGCUCAAGUUGAACGAGGACGAGGAGAAGGUUUCUACGAUCUACAACAGUCUUUCCUUCCACUUGCUGUGGGCUGAGGUUGGGAACGCGCUGGAGUUGAUUCGAGAACGAAGUGAUAUGAUUCAUGUUGCAACGGUGCUACUGCCUUUGAUCGAAUCGUUCAUGGUUGUUUGCAAGUACGUUGGACUGAGGCCCUCGACACUGGAAAUGGAGGAGGCAGAGUGCAAAGCGACGACGAACUCGACAGAGGAGCUCUUCUUACUGUUCACGGAGAAGCACAGCAAGAUUUUAAACAUCAUGGUUCGUAACAACCCCGCUCUGAUGUCAGGAUCGUUCUCGCUGCUGGUGCAUAACCCGAAGAUGCUGGAAUUCGACAACAAGCGCAACUAUUUCACGCAGCAGCUGCAUAAGCGCAAUCCGACACGGGAGCACUACGGCACCUUGCAGAUGAACGUGCGCCGUGAGAUGGUCUUUGUUGACUCAUUCUCGCAACUGCAGUCUCGGACAGGCGAGGAGAUCAAGUAUAGCAAGCUGAAUGUGCACUUUCAUGGCGAGGAGGGAGUUGAUGCAGGAGGAGUGACUCGAGAAUGGUUCCAAGUGCUGGCGAGACAAAUGUUCAAUCCGGACUAUGCGCUGUUCAAGACGUCGGCCGCAGACAAGUUGACGUACCAACCUAAUCGCGCAUCAUGGGUCAACUCUGACCAUUUGCUAUUCUUCAAGUUCAUUGGACGAGUCAUUGGCAAGGCUAUCUACGACGGGCGGCUUCUGGACGCUUACUUCACAAGGUCUUUCUACAAGCAUAUCCUGGGACGACCAGUCGACUACCGCGAUGUUGAAGCCGUCGACCCUGAGUACUACAAGUCAUUGGUGUGGAUGUUGGAGAAUGAUAUCACGGACAUUGUGGAGGAGACAUUCUCGAUGGAAACGGAUGAUUUCGGCAACAAGAAGAUUGUUGAUUUGAAACCCAAUGGACGCAACAUCCCAGUGACAGAGGAGAACAAGCACGAAUAUGUCAAGUAUAUUACGGAGCAGAAGCUGACGCUGGCAAUCAAGGAUCAGAUCCACUCAUUUCUGCAAGGAUUCCACGAGAUCAUCCCCGCGCACCUGAUCAGUAUCUUCAACGAACAGGAGCUAGAGCUGCUGAUCUCAGGUCUGCCAGACAUCGAUGUGGACGAGUGGAAGAAUAACACGGAGUAUCAGAACUACUCGCAGGCUUCUCCACAGAUCCAAAACUUUUGGAGAGCGGUUCGGUCUUUUGAUCAGACAGAGCGAGCGAAGCUACUGCAGUUUGUGACAGGAACAUCGAAGGUGCCUCUGGGAGGGUUCUCUCAGCUCCAGGGCAUUUCGGGCGUACAAAAGUUCCAGAUCCACAAGGACUUUUCAUCGACGAAGCGGCUGCCAUCUGCACAUACAUGCUUUAACCAACUCGAUUUGCCAGAGUAUGAGACGUAUGAAGAGCUGCGACAACAGUUGCUGACAGCAAUCUCUGAGUGCAGUACCGGGUUCGCAUUCGCGUAAACCAGAACCAAACGUGAGCUUACGAAGCCAAAUGCUCUACAUUUACAGUAGUCUGCGAUUGCAAUAAAGAAAGGAUAAUGCCUCCUCAAUAGAGU